UCUGCAGCCCAAUACCAGAAGCUCGCGACCAAAGCCACGGCUCUCCUCCAUGCUGGCCCGAAACCAUAAGCUGCUCCCCUGAUCUAUUCUCUCCACUAAAUCAAGUACAACAUUCACUUUCUCUCUCUACGAAUCUUUCUAGCCCACCCACCUCUAUAUAAGUCCCCAACAGAGUUCCUAAUCAUUUUCAAUCAAAAGUAUAGAAAGAGAAACAAAUCCUAAUUAUCGAAAAAAAAAGAAAAAGAAACAAAUCCUAGAGAGAGAAACAGGAAAGAAAGGUCCUCUCUCCCUUCUUUCAUUCACUCACUCCCAUCCACAAACCACUAGUCCAUAUUCUAUAAUGGCUGCGUAUGUCCAGAACCGGCAGUUCGACAGGCUCGAACCUGGUAUAACCGGCGUCGCCCGCGCCUACAAAGCCGGUUCGAACCACCGAUCUGAUUCUCCGGGUCGGGGCUGCAACUUCCCUCCAACUGCGGAACUGACCCGCCCUAGAAAACAAGUUGUGUUCGAUGACUCUUCCAGCGAAGAUGAGAGCGGAAAUGAUUAUAGCAACACCAUCAGAAAAGGUAACAGUGAAUUGGAGCCGUCUGUUUUGGACCCGAGAGACGAGGGAACGGCGGAUAACUGGAUAGACCGGAACCCGUCCAUGAUCCGUCUCACCGGGAAGCACCCGUUCAACUCGGAGCCACCGUUGGCCCGGCUCAUGCACCACGGGUUCAUCACCCCGGUCCCGCUCCACUAUGUCCGGAACCACGGUUACGUUCCGAAGGGCACCUGGGAGGACUGGACCGUGGAGGUGACCGGGCUGGUCAAGCGACCCGCCCGGUUCACCAUGGACCAACUCGUGAACGAGUUUCCAACCCGGGAGUUCCCGGUCACACUCGUUUGCGCCGGAAACCGCCGCAAGGAGCAGAACAUGGUGAAGCAGAGCAUAGGCUUCAAUUGGGGUGCUGCCGCGGUGUCCACAUCGGUUUGGCGCGGUGUACCGCUACGGUACAUUCUCAAGAAGUGCGGAAUUUAUAGCCGCCGGAAUGGUGCCCUGAACGUCUGUUUCGAAGGCGCCGAAGAUCUCCCGGGCGGUGGAGGAUCUAAGUACGGCACCAGCCUUAAAAAGGAGGUGGCGAUGGAUCCGUCGCGAGACAUUAUAUUAGCUUACAUGCAGAACGGAGAGCUUCUAUCACCGGAUCACGGUUUCCCGAUCAGAAUGAUCAUACCGGGAUUCAUUGGCGGUCGGAUGGUGAAGUGGCUCAAGCGUAUCAUUGUAACAACCCAAGAAUCUGACAGUUACUAUCAUUUUAGAGACAAUAGAGUCCUUCCAUCCCAUGUAGAUGACGAGUUAGCUAAUGCUGAAGGUUGGUGGUAUAAGCCAGAGUACAUAAUCAAUGAGCUUAAUAUUAACUCUGUGAUUACAACACCUUCUCACGAAGAGAUAUUGCCGAUCAAUUCAUGGACAACUCAGAUGCCGUACACUUUGAGGGGCUACGCUUAUUCAGGUGGUGGAAAGAAAGUGACACGUGCGGAGGUGACAAUGGAUGGUGGGAACACAUGGCACGUGUGCACGGUGGACCACCCAGAGACACCCAACAGAUAUGGCAAGUACUGGUGCUGGUGCUUCUGGUCUGUAGAGGUUGAGGUGCUGGACCUCAUCGGUGCCAAAGAGAUUGCUGUCCGAGCCUGGGACGAGUCCCUCAACACACAACCCGAGACCCUAAUUUGGAAUCUCAUGGGUAUGAUGAACAAUUGCUGGUUCAGAGUGAAGAUAAACGUGUGCAGACGACACAAGGGCGAGAUCGGAAUCGUGUUCGAGCACCCGACCCAGCCCGGAAACGAGUCCGGCGGGUGGAUGGCUCGGGAGGGACAACUCAAGAUAUCAUCAGAAAUGAACCAAACGUUAAAGAAGAGUGUCUCCACACCUUUCAUGAUCACUUCUACAAAGAAAUACUCAAUGUCCGACGUCAAGAAACACAACUCAGCUGAUUCGGCAUGGAUCAUCGUCCACGGCCACAUCUACGACUGCACUGGCUUCCUCAAAGACCACCCGGGAGGCGCGGACAGCAUCCUCAUCAAUGCCGGUACUGAUUGCACGGAAGAGUUCGACGCCAUUCACUCCGUCAAAGCCAAGAAGCUCCUCGAGGAGUUCCGGAUUGGCGAGUUGAUAACCUCCGACUCAACCAACUCCUCGCCCAAUAACUCCGUCCACAGCGCCUCCAGCGUGACCAGUACUACUCCCCACCUCGCUCCCAUCAAAGAAGUGGCUCCCGCGCGAAGCAUAGCACUGGUGCCACGUGAAAAAAUUCCAUGCAAGCUCAUUUUGAAGAGGUCGAUAUCUCACGACGUCCGAUUGUUUAGAUUCGGAUUGCCCUCCGAAGAACAGACACUAGGGUUGCCAGUGGGGAAACAUAUAUUUUUGUGUGCUCAAAUCAAUGACAAGCUCUGCUUGCGAGCUUACACACCAACCAGCACAAUUGAUGAGAUGGGCUACUUUGAUCUGGUGGUGAAGAUAUACUAUAGUGGUGUGAACUCUGACUUCCCAAAUGGUGGACUAAUGUCACAGUUCUUGGACUCGCUACCACUCGGGUCCGUGCUCGACGUGAAGGGUCCGCUAGGCCACAUCGACUACACCGGCAGAGGCAACUUCACCGUGCAUGGCAAACACAAGUUCGCUAAAAGGUUGACAAUGGUGGCCGGAGGGACCGGAAUAACGCCCAUUUAUCAGGUCAUUCAGGCCGUUUUGAACGACCCUGAUGAUCAUACGCAGAUGUUUUUGGUGUAUGCUAAUCGAACCGAAGACGAUAUCUUGCUCAGAGAUGAGCUUGAUGGAUGGGCACAAAAACACAGUGAGAAAUUGAAGGUGUGGUAUGUGGUCGGAAAGACUAUACGGGAAGGAUGGGGUUACGGUGUUGGGAGGAUCAGUGAGAGUGUUUUAAGAGAACAUGUCCCCGGAGCUUCGGAGGAUACUCUGGCUUUGGCUUGUGGACCGCCGCAAAUGAUUCAGUUUGCUGUAAAACCGAAUUUGGAACAAUUGGGAUAUGAUGUGAAGAAUUCGUUGUUAGUGUUUUGAAUAAUAUUACUACAGAGUUUCUCUUAUGCUAUAGAUGUAUAUGUUGUAUAAAAUUUUUAUUUUUUAUUAUUAUUAUUAUUUUUAUUUUCUUCCA